AUUACUGUAAGAUUGCUCUACAACAGUCAGCAUGUGGUGUAGUACUUAUUCAACUUUGAGCCAAAUGGUUCUGAGCAUGUGUCUGUGCAAUCAGUCAAGUGUCCCCAACUAAGCAAGCCAAAGGCGACAGUGACAAGGAACCAAAACUUCAUCGGUGACAGAAAUGGAGAAAAAACCUUGGGAGAAACCAGGCUCAGUCAGAGAGCCAGUUCUCCUCUAGCCAGAUGAAACCAGCAUGGUGUGGUUUAAUUCCAAGCUGCAACACAGGCCAGAUUGUGCAGAGAACUCAUCUGGUUACCGUGGUCUUGUGCCGAUGGUCGUCGACGUGACGAGGUCUUCGCAGGGGAUUUGUCUCUGAGGCUCAUCUAGUUGACAUGGUCUCCGCUGACAUUCAGGGCUGUAGAGGUCAUCUCUAUGUGCUGAUACACCAACUGGUCUGGAUAUGGACUGGAUCUGGAUACAGACUGGAUCCAUAUGGCUAUGGUGACCUCGGAAUAAGAGUCUUCAAACUUGGAAGUAAAGAAGUUCAUAUAGGAAGGGAAAAAGAAAAGGGAGGAAAGCUGUCAGCAGACAGUCAUGUGUUUGAAGACAGAGAGCUGGAGAAACACAUCACUCCUCAAACCCUGAAACCAAAGCUCAAGCAGAACCCUCUCUUUUCUCACAUCAACAUCAUCGACAUAGAGGACAACAAGUCCAAGCCAUCCUGGACCAUUCAGGACUAUGACAGACACUCUGCACAUGGUCAGCUGGCUGACUACAUGAAGGAGGACCCAAAAGAGCUGAGCUUCUGGCUGGAAGAUCUCUACACCCCUGGUUAUGAUUCACUGCUCAAGAAGAAAUCAGCUGAAAUGAAGAGGAACAAAAUUUGUAAAACACUUGCAGCCGUCAUUCUGUUAGUUUGUGUGGUUGUGAUUAUUAUUACAGUGCCAAUAGUGGUCACACAAUCAAGAGACUGAUGGAGCUACGACAAGCGGUAAAACUACCUCUAUUCCAACAACAAUCUGACAGUUCAGCUGAACAACAGCAAGCACUUUAUAUCAUUUACAUGGAGGGGGGUGUCAAUAUGAUGACUGCUAUGUUGUCUAAAUUACAUUUUGUCUGUUGUGAUUCAAUUUAAUCCACCAGGCUUGUGGUGCACUAAAAACUAAGUAAUAUCCACAUUGUUCUGUUUCAUUAUUACAAACAUUAAGUUUAUUUUUUUUGUUUUUUUACACAGCCAGCUGGGUUAACAACUGGUCUUAUGAUGAUAGAUAUAUUUUAAAAUGCAAUUAAAUGGAAUUACCACUCUUCUGGAGUCUCAGCACACUGGCCUGU